AUGACUGAGGUUUCCGUGGUUGCUGGAGGAAGGGAGAGGGUGGGGACCCACUGGCCCCCUCAUCACGGUAUUUUCUCUCUUGCAGGUGUGGGCAAGAGCAGUUUACUGUUACGUUUUGCAGACAACACUUUCUCAGGCAGCUACAUCACCACAAUUGGGGUGGAUUUCAAGAUCCGGACCGUGGAGAUCAACGGGGAGAAGGUGAAACUGCAGAUCUGGGACACAGCAGGGCAGGAGCGCUUCCGUACUAUCACCUCCACGUACUACCGGGGGACCCAUGGGGUCAUCGUGGUGUACGACGUCACUAGUGCCGAGUCUUUUGUCAACGUCAAGCGGUGGCUUCACGAAAUCAACCAGAACUGUGAUGAUGUGUGCCGAAUAUUAGUGGGGAACAAGAAUGACGACCCUGAGCGGAAGGUGGUGGAGACGGAAGAUGCCUACAAAUUCGCUGGGCAGAUGGGGAUCCAGUUGUUUGAGACCAGCGCCAAGGAGAAUGUCAAUGUGGAAGAGAUGUUCAACUGCAUCACAGAGCUGGUUCUCCGAGCAAAGAAAGACAACUUGGCGAAACAGCAGCAGCAACAACAGAACGAUGUGGUGAAGCUCACGAAGAACAGUAAACGAAAGAAACGCUGCUGCUAAUGCCCUCAGUCCACUGCAGAGACUGCACUGCGGUCCCUCCCCCAGCCCGAGGCCCGCGGGGGGCUCCUCGGGGGACAGCCUCUGUUUCGUGCCGUUAUUUAAAGAAUUCUCUCCACGUUUUUGUAUCGGGAGGCGCCAUCGGCACUUCCUCCCCUCCCCCUCGAGUGCCAAGAAGGUGUUGGACAAGCCUGCCCCUCCCUACUGGUGCCCCUCCCCCCUGGCCAAGACACCUGGACCUGGCGAGGAUGCUGCCAGCAGAGCGGACUGAUUAACCAGUUUGUACAUAGUGUAUAUUGCUUUAACCAGCCACACACCUCGUCCUGCUCUGGCUUUUGCCUCCUUAAUGAUGCCAACUGCUGCAACGGACCCUCCUCCUCCCUUCCCCAUCCCGUCUUACUGCCAGCAGCUUCUUGAGGAGACAGCGUCAUGUUCUAGCCACGUCUCUGGCCAGCCGGGGCUGGUGGGGUGGGCUCCAUGUUGCUCAUUCUCUCUUCCAGGCUGUCGACUUCUCUGUCCCCGGCCUGCAGGGUCUCACCCCUCUCCGGGGCCUGUGCCAGCUUCCUUCCCUCCCCAUUCUCAUGCCCCACAGCUGUUGUGGGCACCGAGGAACCCUGGCUGGAGGCAGGAUCUGCCCUCUGUCAGGCCUGCCCCGAGGUUCCGCAGAGACAGUCAGCCCUGCCCUUGGGCCACAAGAUUUCUUGUCCUGCCUUCUAGAUGCCUCUAAGCUACAAACCCAGGGGAGCCACAGCUUCUAAUUUAUACCAACAUGUUUCAGUUCCAGCAGAAAGGUAGUAGGGGUAUAUUUGUGCAGAGAUGGGGCUUACAGAGGGGUUGGCGGUGGGAGCAUUAUUUUAAUCGAAAAUGAAAGCCAAAUCAAAUGAAUUCAGUUCCUCACUAUUACUUUCUUUCACUGAGGUUUGAUUGGCACAGCAGCAAAAGUUGUGGCUAGGCCAGCCCACUUUGGGUCUAGUGUUUUUAGACAAAGUGAACAAUUUCCUGUCAUUGUGGGGGCUUGGCUCUUGGCUGUCUCUUGAUGGGAACAGAGAAGGGGCCUCCCGCUGGAGUCCUAGUCUAUGGUGUAGCACCAGGCACCUUGGAACAUGGGGAGUGGCGGCCAGGGCUGCUGGGCUGUGGGACGCCAUCUUUAGGCUGGGAUGCCAAACAGCCUUGGCUCCCUGGCAGCUGUGUUAGACAAAGGUAGCAGGAAGGAAGGAAUGACUGGGGGGCUAGGACAGCUGGGUUGGACCCACCCCAGUCUCUGGAGGAAAAACCAGGGUCAUCUGCACUUGAUUACUCCCCCUGUCCGCCCUCAACCUGGAUACUUCAUUCCUCUUUCCUCUACAAGAAUCAAGUAACUUGGGAAGAAUUUAUUUCUGCACCAUGAUGUGUUUUAUUAGAUUUCCUUUCCUAGAUGAUUUCCAGGCAAAGACCUGUUUGGACAAUCACGUCAGAGAUCACAUUGAGAUUUUCCAUAUUAACACUGUGGAUAGGUUUUUAAUCAAUAAAAACUGGGGGUUUCUUCUCACCUGUCUCUCCACUUGCCCAAACUGCCAAAAGCCGAUGGUUCUGUGUGACAGGCCUUCACUUUGGAGCCACAGGAUGGGAUGGGCAGGGAAAUUCUGUGAGCCUGGGGAGGUGGGUGCAGCAGGCAGCCCUGUCUGGCCUGGGGAACCUCCUAGGAGCUGUAGCAGGGUCUCUGUCCUCGUGACUCCUGGCUGACCACAGGCCUUGUGGGCACGUGGUGCUUGGGGCUCCUGUGCCGGUGGGUGGGGGGCAUACAGAAGCCAGUGAGAGCAUGCUUGGGAGUCAAGCAAUGAGAGGGGUCCUGGGAACUUCCAGCCCAGGCUAGCGGUUCCUGUGGCUUCUGGCAGCCGGACGUCCAGAUUCAGGUGGUGGGCUGAUCUUGGUAGGUGACUGCCUGUCCCGCUGAGUGUUACACGCAUGAAUGGGGGUUUGUGGGGUGGGGGUGGGGGACUCAGGGCUGGACCGAUGUGCUAGUGGACCUGAUGUGAAAUUUCUGUCAAACAAAACUUUUAAAUGGUUUGCUAGGAUUAUUUCUGUAUUGAAAAUUUCUAAUUAUGCUUUUUAAAAAAAAUACUAAAAAUAAAGGUUCAAGCUGCCAAA